GGAAUUUCACAAUAUAACAUCCGGACCGUUAAACAUUAGCAGGGCUUCGUUUGUGGCGGGGCCUUUCGCCCAGAGAGCUCCGUUCUUGUCCUCGACCUUUAAAGCGGUUCGGUUUAGCUGAAGACAUUUGAAGACGUAGCGCGAGACAGGCAGGCGCGUGAACACUGAUGUUGGUGAAAAGAAAAGGCCAGGCGUGUUUGAUAGCUUCCAGUAUGGUUUUGUUAGUGCUGUUUAUGACGGUCCUGUACAGCAGCAGCAGCACCCAGCACCCGAGCAGCCCGAACCUGAGCCGGGACUACCAGCUGCUGGGCAGACCCCUGUACAAGCUGGACCUGGGCUGGCCCAGGAAGCCCGAGCUCUUCACUGGGGACGUGUUCGCCGUGGCUGUCAACCAGCACACCGGUGUGGUGUAUGUGGCGCAAAGAGGCUAUAAUGUGCCAAAGGUGCUAGUGUUCUCCACAGAUGGGGAUUUCCUCAUGUCUUGGAACACAACCACUCUGGAGAUGCCUCACGGGAUGUUUGCAGACGCAGCGUCGGACAGUCCCACCGUGUGGAUCACAGACGUGGGGAACGGUCCUUAUGGUCACUGCAUCAAACAGUACACACCAUCAGGGAAGCUGCUGCAGGUGCUUGGUACCCCAGGGAAAGCCGGUUCUGGGUUGGACCCUCUGCAGUUUGACCAGCCAGCUGAGAUCUUCGUCCACGACUCGGGGGAACUCUACAUAGUGGACGGUGAUGGUGGGAUGAACAACCGCCUCAUCAAGCUCUCCAAGGAGCACAGAGUGUUGUGGAUGCAUGCAGAGAAAGGACAAGGCCUGGCUCAGUUCUACAUCCCCCACAGCGUGACGGUAGAUGCUGCCCAGAGAGUGUGGGUGGCUGACAGGGGCAACAAACGGAUCCAGGUCUUCAACUCCAUCACAGGGGACUGGCUGGGCACGUGGGGGAGCUGCUUCACCGAGGAUGCCCCCUACUCUGUUCGCCUCACCCCGGACAAGAAAUACUUUGUUGUCGUUCAGCUCAACACCAAUCAGAUUUCUCUGCUGGAUGCACCGCCGGUGGGCUUGAUCGGCCAGUGCAACGUGGUCAGUGUGAUCCAGCUGUCUGAGGACGUGAAGCCCCACCUGGUGGACCUGGAUCUGACGGCUGGAGCUCUGUAUGUGGCUGAGAUUGGAGCGCAGCAGGCUCAGAAGUUCAUCCCCUUUAGUCUGGGUGGAAGUUUGUAUUAAGUCACUCGGGGGCUUAAGAUUUAAAUGUUGCUCAGUUACAGUGAAUCUAGCAGUCUUCUCUCGUCCCCCACCUGCGGUCAGCAGUGUUUGGCCUGUAUAUAUAUUUAUUUAAACUUGUUGGAGUCAUCCCGGUCUGCCUGAUGGCAGGAGCUCACGAACCACAGAAUGAAUUGUAAUGACAUUUUUAUGAAGUAAUCAUUUUGUGUACAUCCACAACUAAUUACUUGUUGAAGUCAAUCAAUGUAACACAACCAGUCAACGAAACAAAAUGACUCUAACUUGGUCAUUUUAUCAGAUAUUGAGCUAAAAUUUGAUGAGGUAGUAGCCCCUCCCCUAGCACUUU